GCGGGAGAUCCCGGAACAGCUGAUCCUUGAGGACGUAGGAGGGCGCUGUGGGGAAUUGCAAAUGGGGGAGACGACAACAAUCUAGCAUCAUGAGGUUUUUGUCAAGUCUCCUUUGGGCAGCUCUUUUGGUUGAACAGGUAUUGGGUGAAUAUGGUAUGGCACAUUUCAGUGACUUGGGUAAAAACGAAGGCAAAGAUUACUGCAUUUUCUUCAACUCUCAAUGGGCUCGACUACCUCAGGACCUCAGUAAAGCAACACGCCUGCAGACAUAUGAUCUCACCAGUUCUGUGCUCUGCUCGCCCUCGGAUGUUCCUGAGGGUGGCUUUCCAAACACCAUCCCAAUGGUGAUGAGAGGAAACUGUACUUUCUAUGAGAAAGUCAGAUUGGCACAGAUUAACGGUGCCAAGGGACUUCUGAUCGUCAGCAAAGAUAGACUGACGCCACCCUCAGGCAACAAGACCCAGUAUGAAGAGAUCGGAAUCCCAGUGGCUUUGCUCAGCUAUAAAGACAUGCUGGACAUCAUUAAGAAGUUUGGGGAGAAGAGGCAGGUUGCCAUGUAUGCGCCUCAUGAACCAGUGGUGGACUAUAACAUGGUGAUCAUCUUUCUGAUGGCAGUGGGCACUGUGGCUGUUGGAGGAUAUUGGGCCGGCAGCAGAGAUAUUAAGAAACGUUAUCUGAAGCACAAGAGAGACGACAGUGCCGAGAAAAACGAUGAGGAGAUUGUUGACGUCACCCCCAUCAUGAUUUGUGUGUUUGUGGUCAUGUGCUGCUCGAUGCUGGUGCUCUUGUACUUCUUUUAUGAUCAAUUGGUGUAUAUGACAAUAGCCACAUUCUGUUUGGCGUCUGCUGUCGGUCUGUACAGUUGUCUCUGGCCGUUUGUUCGAAGACUACCCUUCGGGAAAUGCAGGAUACCUGAGAAUAACCUGCCGUACUGUCACAAGCGGCCGCAGGUGCGAAUGCUGCUUCUUUCAGCCUUCUGUAUCGGAGUCAGUGUGACUUGGGGAGUUUUCCGCAAUGAAGACCAGUGGGCGUGGGUGCUUCAGGAUACGCUAGGCAUUGCUUUCUGUCUCUACAUGCUAAAAACAAUACGACUGCCCACUUUCAAGGCUUGCACUAUGCUGCUGGUCGUCCUGUUUAUCUAUGAUGUAUUUUUUGUUUUCAUAACACCGCUCUUAACUAAGAGUGGUGAAAGUAUCAUGAUGGAGGUGGCGACUGGACCCUCUGAUUCCUCUACACAUGAGAAGCUUCCAAUGGUGCUGAAAGUGCCCAGGCUAAACCCUUCUCCUCUAGUCCUGUGUGACAGACCCUUCUCUCUGCUGGGAUUCGGGGAUAUCUUGGUACCAGGUUUGCUUGUAGCGUACUGUCACAGAUUUGACAUUCUCAUGCAAACAUCUAGAAUCUAUUUCCUGGCCUGCACUUUUGGUUACGGCAUCGGUCUGCUCAUCACAUUCGUGGCUUUGGCUCUGAUGCAGAUGGGCCAGCCCGCCCUCUUGUACCUGGUGCCCUGUACUCUCCUCACCAGCCUCGCGGUGGCGCUGUGGCGCAAGGAGCUGCCGUUGUUCUGGACAGGAAGUGGAUUUGUGCCUCCUCCCAUCGUCAUGGAACCAAUAAACUGUACUCGAACCGCACAGUCCACAGAUGAGCCGCAGUUGAACCCUGAGCAGCCGGACACUGAUACCACAGAUCAGUGUGAGGAUCCUCCUCCAUCAGCUCAAGAUGAACUUCCACAUCUGACCGGUGCAGCUACUACUUAAAGACAGAGACUCUUAAGGAUGAUCAUAUUUUUUUUAUCCUUUUUUUUAUGUCAGUUAUAGAUCUGACUAUGUAUGUACUGUAUGUAAUAGACUUGAACAGUAUGAACAUCUCCGUGCACUUGCUUUACAGAGAGAGAAAGAGGAAAUCUGUGAUUUGAGCAGCUGUUUUAAGGAUUAAACUUUAUAAACAAGAGCGUUACUUCUGCAGAGCUUUAUCCGAUGUAACUUUACUUUAUGGAUAGUAUGAAGAACGGACAUAUAUCAACAGCUUUUAUCUUUUCAGGAGGAUCUCAACGGUGUUAUUUUUGUUCUCUCGGUCUUUGUGAAUCAACAUAACCUUAAAUAAAACAGCGCAGCUAGACAUUUUCCAACAAAUGUCAUAAAAUAAAAAGAUGACUCGUUGCAAAUAAUCCUUAUAACAACGAGUAAAUUUCACAUAAUUAAGAAUUCGAUGCCGAUGAGGACCGAAAAAACGAAGGCAUCAUUAUUUCAUAAUUUUUACAGUAUAUUUAAGAGCAAAACGUAUACGUAUAUAGGGAUUUUUAUCUUCAUGGUGCAUUGAGAGAUUAUGUUCAAAUGUCAGUCCAAAUAAAGCUUUGUGUUUGAUGCAAGGGUUGUUUUGUAUAAAGAUAUUCAUUUUAUUUAAUACAUUUCUGACCAUCUAUUUGAGUGACAGUCUUUGUUUUAUAGCAGAAUUUUUUUAUUCAUAUUACUUUGAAUUAUUCAAACGUAUUCAAACUCUCAUUGAAGUCUUUUAGACCUGGUAGACAAUGACGACUGAUGAGUACUGAUAUCAUGUGGAAUAACACAGACAAUUUAUAACAAGAUUCUUGAGUAUUAAUACUCCUGUACUCUGGAGGUCACCAUGUUUCUUUACAGAUGUGUUUGUUGAGACUCUCUUGUCAGAGAUCAUCAUAUGCUGUAAAUGUGUUAGUGUUUUUUUUUUAAAACUUGUUGAAGAGUCACUUAUUAAAGGAAUUAUGCCUUGA